CAGUGUUUCUUCUGAGAGCCAGCUAGCCUCCAGUGAUUGAAAUCAAUAAAAACAGUCGGCAAGGGGCCCAGUGGGGGAAGAGAGAAAUCUCCACUACAGCAUUCAGUUUGCUUUCCACUUUCUCCCUCCCCCCCCUAAAGUUAAACUCUGAAGAUCACCAUGACAAGCUACUUUGCUUCCAGCGCUGGGAAGACGCUGGUGGGGAUUUAAAGGAAGCGAGCGCUUUCCUUUCGCCUCCCUGCCUUCGCUCUCCCCCCACACACGAAGGAAAUGAAAGGCUUGCCUGGAAUCUGAAUCCUGCCUGGAAAAACUUCAUCGGACAAGUGCAUCAUUCUGCAUUUCAGGAAAGGGAUGGAUUUUACAGUCGGAGAAUGCUAAAAGGUGAGAGAGGAAAGAAAAGCAGGAAUCUGAUUCAGCCAGAGCCCACGUACAGGCUAGGAUGUCCACCACGGCGGAGGGGACCUCUGAAGCUGCGGGAAGGACUGCAAGUAAGAGCCUGAGAUCGGCACAAUCCACAUCCUAAAGCCACCAAAACAUUAGGGAACACGUGACCCACGCGCCGACCCAGUGACUCAGACUGACAUUCUCCUGGACUGCACCUCAUAAAAGCUGGUAAUCAGCGAAGAAGAUACAAAAGCUAAAAUCACUAUGUGGAGCUGUGAAACCUUAAACAACAGUACUGAGAACAGUGAGGACCAGCAUCUCUGUCAUGACUUCCACCUUGUGCUUUCCAUCUUUUCCCUACUCUACCUCAUUAUAUGUUUCCCAAUUGGCCUUUGUUACAAUGGCUUGCUGGUCCUUGUUAAUCUCUAUAACAAAGCUACUAUGACUAUGCCAGAUGUUUACUUUGUCAACAUUGCCAUUGCUGGUCUCAUCAUCAACGCUCUGGCACCAAUGUACCUUCUAGGUCUUGCCAACACAAAAUGGGCCAUCUGGAAUUCUAACAAUGAAGUUUAUAUUACCUUGCUUAUUUUAUUCAAUGUCUCGUCUUUAGUUACCAUGUACUCUACUACAUUACUCAGUCUGGACUACUACAUUGAACGUGCUCUACCUAGAACUUAUAUGUCAAGUGUGUACAACACCAAACAUGUUUGUGGAUUCAUAUGGGGUGGUGCCAUGCUUACAAGUUUUUCAUCUCUCCUGUUCUACGUCUGCAAUCACGUAUCCACUAAAAUAAUUGAAUGUUCCAAGAUGCAGAACAAAGAAGCAGCAGAUGCCAUUAUGGUCUUUAUCGGGUAUGUUGUACCAGCUGUCGCUGUACUGUAUGCACUUACAUUAAUCUUGCGAAUACGCAAAGAGGCUACACCACUGGAUCAAGACACUGGACGAUUAGAUCCAUCAGUGCACAGGCUUUUGAUUGCCACAGUCUGUACACAGUUCACGUUAUGGACACCCUAUUAUGUUAUUCUCUUAGUAAGCACAUUUACUAAUGCACAAGGAAGAAUUUCAAAUGAAAAUUACAGUAGAAUAUUACAUUUUACCAAGAUUUUAUCAAAAUUCUUGGCUUUCUCAAGCAGCUUUGUAAUGCCUCUGCUCUACAGAUACAUUAACAAAAACUUUCCCAACAAAUUACGACGUUUGCUUAAAAAGAUACACUGUGGGAAUCAAGGGUGCUCUCAUGAACGCACAGUGGUACAGCAAGUUAUGACGUAGGUAUGAAAAACCCCUCUGGUGCUCUGUUACCGCAGUACUUAGUGUACCGGUACUGGGACUGUGAUACUGCUGUGUUGGCACUCGGAGUCGUUAAUGUGGGAGUCCCAACCAGGAGCCUAGACGGAGCUUUCCAUUACAGUUAAAUGAAACAGUUUUAAUUUUCAAAUAGUUAAUUAAUUGAUGAAAUCUUGUGAGACUCUGGCCUAUGUGCUGUAAUACCUGUGAUAUCUAAUACUUUCAGUGCACUGAAUCGGUUCCAAAGCAUAAACUCUUGUCUUCAUCGCUCUAAUAUUCCUGUCUGAAGAAAUCACUAAGCAGUUUACUGAAGUCUUGACUGAAGACACGGCACCUUGAAUCUUGUAUAGAAAAAGUUCUUACCUUAUUUUCUGUACAAAGAAGUAAUAGUGCUAUCCUUGAUGAAGUAAAUAGCAUUUUUCAAUGAAGACGAUAUAGAUGAUCUUUACUAAAGAUCAUAUUACCCAAUUACACAUGUCCAAAUAGUAAAUGUUAAUUAUAAAUUAAAUUAUUUAAUUUUUUUCUCCAUCACUGAAUCCCCUCUUAAAGAAGCCUAAUUUAGCAUUUUCAGAAAUUAUUUUCUCAAACUAACCUAAGUUUUAAUGUUUACGGUAAAUUGACUUUAUUUCUAGAUAUAACAAUUAACAAAAAUGUGUUUUAUUUUUCCAGUGCUUGCUUUGCAUCCUAAAACAUUUCAAGAAUUCAGAAAUAUUUAUUAACUAAUUCUAAGGGAACUGAGAGAUGUUUGUUCCGCAUAUUAAAAUGAAGGACACAGUGGUUUACAAAGUUAAAUCAAAAUUUAACUAGUAAGGAUUGUCUGGCUAAGUGUUAUGGUCCACAUAUGUUCAUGUAACGAGUAAUUAUCUUAAAAAUAAAUAUGUUUAUGAUUAA